AUGACUUACCCCCAAGGCCAGUACCAGCAGUACCCUCCGCAGCAGUCGCAGCAGCAGUACCAGCAAUAUCCCCCACAGCAGUACCCACCACAGCAGUUUGCGGGAUAUCAGCAGCCGGUCCAGUACCAAUACCUGCCUCAGCAACAGUUUGCUGUUCCUCAGCAACAGUACGGUGUUCCCCAGCAGCUCCAGCAACAGCCCCAGCAGCAACAGCAGUACUACCAACUGCUUGAUCCUUCGGCGGCCUACAAGCCCAUCCAGCCGAUCGCACAAGCUCCACAGCCAAAUGUUCCAGUCAUUGGAGCAGGCAAUCAGGCCAACGGAGCUCACCAUGGUGCCCACCACCACAAGCACCACCACAAGAAGAGCCAUGACGGCAGCCAUGCCCAGGCUGGCCAGUUUGACUCUAACGGCGGGGCUCACGGCCCAGCUCUGAAGUCGCAUGCCAACAAGCAGAAGAACAAGAAGCUGAAGUCCAGGGCCACCCCUCCUCCCGUGAUUCCCCACGGAGUUAACUAUAGACCAGCCAGAAUCCAGUCCAUCAACUCCGAACAGGAAGUCAUCUUGAAGCAGGGUUGGGCCUACAUGCUCAAAUACUGGGGAUACGAGGUCGGCAUUGAUGCCGAAGAUUUGCCUUUCAAGGAAUGCUAUGUUUCUUCAAGUUCUACAGAAAACUACCAGUACCAGGGCUCGUUCCACGAAUUGGUCAGAACUAGCACUAGAGGUUCGGUCAAUUCGAGUUCUUCUAACAAAACCUCCGGUACUUCGGGAACUAAGAAGAAAAGGGGUCUAUUUGGCGGAAAGGCUAAGGCUCCAGCAGCUGCCCCAAAACCUCCACCAAACUCAAAGCGUAUGAAGCAAAUCCAAACCAGAUCGUCAUUUGAAGUAUACGAGCCUGUUACAGAACCUUCGCGUUCAUACAUCGAUGUCUACCGUCACUACUUUCAUCCAUCUUUCCACUUUGACAAGGAGGCUGUAUACGAAUCGGAUGACGAUGAAGACUACGGCUACGGCGACAACGAGUCGCAGUUGUCGUUGGAAUCAUUUGUUACGGCUGAAACGUCCCUCACUGACCCAGACGACUUGUCACUAAUCUCUGGUCCCACUUCGGGCAAAGAGUACAGAAGGCAGAAUGGCUUUUACAACGGUAAUGGAACUAAUGGCAAGAAGAAGCACGCACCUGUCAAAGUGGAAGCUCAACCUUCGCUCUUGCCUGUAUUCUCUCAGUACUCGGCCAGAGAUCUUCACACUUCUUUCAUCACCAGUAUCAGACAGGACUUGGUCGAUAACUUCACAUUGAGGUUUGUGAGAGCCAGAAAGUGGGAGACCGAGCCAGCUAUUGGCAUGCUUUGCAAGUCUUUGAACUGGAGAGUCAAUGAGAUGAAGCCUAAUGACUGGUUUUUUGAAUCUGAUGGUCCAUCCUAUAUCAAUGGCACCAAUAAGGGUUUCGUCAAGAAUUUCACUACUGAAAAGUCGUGGAUAAAGGGAUGGGAUUGCAACCACAAUCCAGUUUUUAUGUUCCAGGCAAAGAAGCACUUUGGUGCGGAUUCGCCUUUGAAUGAAACACAGAGGUAUGCUUUGCUUACCAUUGAAUGGGUCAGAUUGUUCUUGAGAGAAGUCAAAGACUCGGUUGAUCAGUGUACCAUUGUGUUUGAUUUGACAGGUUUCACGUUGAAGAACGCUGAUUACGCCACCAUCAAGUUUUUGGCAGAUGUGUUUGAAGCUCAUUACCCAGAGACUUUGGGUUCAAUCUUGGUGCAUAAUGCUCCAUGGAUCUUCUCUACUGUCUGGAACAUCAUCAAGAACUGGUUGGAUCCAGUUGUUGCCUCAAAGAUCCAUUUCACCAAAGACAUUAAGGAGUUGAGCAAGUUCAUUGAUCCCAGAUUCAUUCCUGACUACUUGGGCGGUGAAGACGACAGUACUGGUUACUAUCCUGUUCCCACAGAAGCUCAUUGCAAACCUCCUAAAGAGAAGGAUGAACAUUACCACAAGUUAUUAAAGGAAAGAGACUCGUUGGUGCUCAGAUUCUUUGAAACCACAAAGAAGUGGAUCGAGUCGACCAAUCCAAGUGUUUCUGAUCGUUACUUGCAAGACAAAAUCAGCUUGAAUAUCGAAUUAUCAAACAAUUACAUCGAAUUGGACCCUUACGUCAGAAACCUAGGUAUCUACGACAGACUUGGCAACUUGACCAUCGACAACUAG